AUUACCUCAUCAUCAAUCUCUCACUGUUACAAUCAAAAGGCUUUUGUUAUCAGUUAUCAUCUAGCUAGCUAGCUCAAUAUUUCUUCCAUGCUAAAUAAACAAACCCUUGCUCCUACUCUCAUGGAAAACCUAGAGACCUCAUCAGAAUGUCCACUUUCUUCUCAAAACUCAAACAAAACCCAAUCUUGUGAUAAGCCCUAUGUGACCACAGAGAGCAGGAUAAUAAAGGUUCCAAAAAGAGCAGACAUGAGAGUGAGUGAAAGAAAGUACCUAGGGGUGAGACAAAGGCCUUCAGGAAGGUGGGUCGCUGAGAUCAAGGACUCCUCACAGAAGUUGAGGCUUUGGCUGGGAACUUUUGACAGAGCAGAAGAUGCUGCUGUGGCUUAUGAUUGUGCUGCAAGGCUUCUAAGAGGAAGAAAUGCCAAGACAAACUUCCAGAGCGCUUCAGGGAUGAUCACCAACACACACGAGGAAAAUUACAGCUUUUUGCUUAAGAAUCCAAGGGCUUACCAGAUUCUCAAGCAUGCAAUCAUGAAAAACCAUCAUGCAGUUCUUUCUUCCACAAGCAUGCCUUGGAAGAACCAGAUCAGUGAUAUUACGAGAGACGGAUUCGACACGCUUGUUGAAGAAACCUUAGUUUGCUGUUCCAAUAGCUCUGAAGAAGGUUCUUCUUCUUCUUCUGCGUGCUGUGGGGUCUCGUUUGGGAGUUCUAAGGUUUAUUCUUCUGUUGUUGUGGCUCCUUCUUUCAGCGCCUCAUUUUGUCAGACAGAUGACGGUCAUGAAGAAACCCCAUGAGAGGCCUGAUGAGUCAUAUCUUAAAGUAGCCUGUUGCCAUAUUAUAUCCUUCCUCAACGCUAUCUUCUGCUGCUGUAGCUUCUUCUUUCAGCACUUCUGGGUCUUAUGAUGUUGUCCUUUCCACGCCUACUUAGCCUUGCUCUAUUCCUUCAUGGUCACCCUUUUUGGUUCCUUAGCUUGAUACAUAAUUUGUACAUAAUGAAAAUAAUCUUCUUACCUGCCCUUUGGAGAGUUUUCUUUAUCUUAUAUUGUGAUUCUGGGUUGAGGAGACCAAGGCUCUGGAAGAAUGAAUGGGGCAUCAUAUGUGUUGGAUGGUUCUUGAGAAGCAAAUUAAAAGUAAGACGAAAAUGAUGGGAAUGUAACAUGAUGCGCAGUGAAAUUUACAAUUUGCAAUUUACCAAAAUUUCAUUUCUUUC